GAGCGUCGGGCCGCGCCGUUGCCCUCGGCUCCGUCCGAUCGUCUCGCGCCGUACCCGUCCCGUACCCGCCGGUACUCGCGCGCGCCGCACCCCUCUGUGCCGAGCACCGAGUGAGUCCUGCACGCCGCGGAGUUGUCGUCGCCCACGCCCCUGUGCCAUCACCAUAAGUGCCCAGCCCAGCGGUACUUGUGACGUGAUCAGCCUCUGAUGGACGAUUAUUGAAAGAAGAGGGAGAAGAAGAGAUAGAGGCUUGCCGUCUCGGCGCCGUCCGAUUUUGUGCCCGACAAUGUGAGUGGCCGCCACCAUGUCUAGCGGCAAGGACACGUACUGGGAGACGCAUCCCACCCCCGCCUCAACCCUGCCGUCGCUCGACUUCUGGGACUACAGCAUCGAGUUGGAAUGUCUGCAAGGCCCCGAAGAUCUCCAGCUGGCUGCAGAGCUCGGCAAGACGCUGCUGGAACGAAACAAAGAGCUGGAGACGACCCUUCGGCAGCAGCAGACCGUCAUCGAGGACCAGACGCAAGAGAUUGAGUACUUGACAAAGCAGACGGCCGCCCUCCGGGAAGUGAAUGACUCCCGACUACGAAUCUACGAGCAGCUUGAAGUGAGCAUUCUCGACUUGGAACGCGCCAACCAACGACUGGCUCUCGACUCGGCUGCCGACAAGAAGCACAUCAAAACGCUCUGUGUGAACAUUGACUCCCUGGAAGCGCGCUGUGAAGAGCUCCAGAAGCAGUCCGACGAACUGCAGAAGCAAUUGGAGAGAAAGACUUCAGGCCCCUCUUCAAACAACAAUAACAACAAGUGUGAUGCCUUCGCAGACGCACCGAAUCUGGAGGAAGAGGUGGACAGGUUACGGGGAGAAAUGCAAGAACUUAAAGCUCAGCGCCUACGUGACCAGCGCCGGUCUUCAAAGCUGGAGGAGCAGGUGCAGGCUCUGGUGCAGGAGAACCAAGUGAUGGAGGAGCAGCUUCAAGUUUUCCAACACAAAGAGGAGGAUAUGAAAUCACUCCAGGAAGAAAUUAGCACUCUAGAAGAAAUAAGAAGCGGUCAGCUUUGUGGAAGGUGCACUCAAAAGAUGGGGUCUCCACAGGGCCCUCUUCAUGAAAGUUUGCAGUUAUUAGAACAGUGUGGUGGAGGUGCUGGAGAGGACGGUGAUGAAGAAGAUGUUAGUGUCAUUGACUCCUUUGUCAGUGAUUCACAAAGAGCUUCUGUACUUCUUCAGUUACAGGAACGUUCCAGUGAAAAUCCCUAUCGAGACCUUGUCCAGAAGUACGAAGCUCUUGUGCAAAUUCAGUCAAACCCUGUGUCAAGCAGACGACCCAGCAAGCCAAAUGUUGUACCAGUUAGCAAUGGCCCACCCGCUGCCCAUGCUGCUCUCUCUUUGCAAGAAGAACUACAAAUGUCUGGUGAUUUCAACAGUUUCCGAAAUACCGAUGAAGAAAGUGGAAAUGAAGACAAUGGAAGUACCUUGCUUUCCCAGAAAACAGGGAGAGGUCUUCAAUCGGAGGCGGCCAAAAAGGCUGGACAAAACAAGACUUUUUCAACCACACCAACAGAUUUUUCAGAAGCUGAAACAUCAUCUUCAGGCUUCUCCGACGAGACCAGUAACAAGUCUACACAAACUGAGUCACACAAACUUCCAGGUGGUUUCCUGUGCACUAUUGUGGAUGGUGAAGAUUGCCGCUUUAGUAUCUAUGAUGAUGCCAGUCCUGUUGAUGGGCGGUUCCGCAAUACCCCUGAAUAUCGCAGUCUGUUUAGAGAAAUUUUUGACAUUUUGAAGAAAGCAGCAGAAGCCAGGGAUGAGGGAGAAAAACUGCCACUUCUUGAUGAUGUAUCUGUACCUCAUGAUCCCCCUCGUGUUCCUCCUGUAACACCUGCCAAAGAAGAGCUACCAUUGUUAAAAAUGCUUGCUCAAGAUGGAACCCAGACAUCUGUAAUUUCUGAAGAACCAUCAGAAAUCUGUUCUGAAAUAUGUUCAGAGAUUGUUGCAGAUGCAGAGGUAGAAAGGGUAACAGCAACGAUGGUAGAAGAACUUUCUUUACCCUCACCCUCAACAAGUGUGGGGGAAAAGAACGCCGAGGCUGGACCAGUAUCUUCUCCAGCCUCAGCCUCGGCUUCAACAUCUGGAUCGAAUGCUGAUGGUGGAACCAAAAAGUUUAUGGACCGUGCUGGAGAAGUAGAGCAAGAACCUAAACCUGCAUCACCUGCUCCUAAAAAGGAUAUUAUGGAAUACUUGGCUAUGGGAGUUGGUAGGAAAAAGGGUCGCUCCAGAAAAAACUCGCCUCAUGCAUCACCUAGGAAAGGCAUUGAAAGGGUUGAUCCAUCCAACCUGUCAAUGAUAGUCGGGCUCAAUAAUGCUAGAAUUUCGCAUGACAAGAGCCCAAGAAGACGGCGGGACAGGUAUGCUGAUAGCCCAUCUCGUAACUCUGAGAGUCCCAGCAGGCAAUCUGAUAGUCCCUCUCGCCGUGGCUAUCAUUCGCGAUCACCAAGUGGCCAUAGAAACUCGACUGCUUCAGCAAAUGCUCUUGCUGCACGUUGUCAUAGAGAAGUUGAUGAGUUCUCAUCAACCCAACCAGGACCCAGCAAGUCACAUUCUUCAAGAGGGGGCUCUGCUCAAAGCACUGCGUGGACAUUCAGUCAGACUGCCUCAACAGCUUCUCAGGACAUAGCUCGUUUGAAAAAACUUGAAAUGUCCUAUGCAGAUGUACUGAGAAAAAGGCCAACAUCUUUACCUACAUCUCUACCUAUGACAUCUCAACCAAUGGUUAAUAAAUGCACACAGGUAACAUCACGAAAGUCAUAUCAUCAUCAUAAAUAAUAAAGUGUAAAAUGUUUCUAUGUGCCUCAAAUUGUAAAAAUUUUGACUUUAAACAAGAGUACAAUGAAAAAAGUAACUUUUAUGAAAUUGACUGUGGAUAGUGUCCAGAAGUAUAUUUAGAGUAGAUUUUAAGAUUAAACAAACUGUGCCAAUGUUCACUUUUCCUUGUCAGCUGUUCAAUUCUUUUAAUAAGAAAUACCUAUACAUAACAAUUACAUGUACAAUUUUUGUGUUUUCAAAUUUCGCAAUCCCUCUUGGCCUUAUUGGUGAUAACAUUGAUUUUACAUGUCAUACUUAGCAUUACACAUUCUCUUAACUUCUUACAGGUGAUUUCUUGCCUUGUGCCAUUUCCCAAUUUUUACAAAAUUUAAUAGUUAAUAUAAUACAUUUUUAGUAUGAGGCAAGUUUAGUGUGCAUAUGUAUAAGCAUCUCAAAUAUUGUAAACAAUGAAGUAUCAAUUUGUGCCAGUGGUUUAAAGACCAUGUACUGUACCAUGAGUUUCACUCAAUAUUGAAAGAGUAGUGUGUUGCCUAUUUAUCUUAAAUUUUCCUUCCGUAGGUAAUGUAUUUUAUUAACUGUACCGAAUUUACAGUAACAUGUUACAUUCCCAUCUCCAGUUUAGUUUAAAUUUGUUUUGAACAAAUUUCACAAUUUGAAUUUGUAUCUUUAGUCUUUACUGUGUGAGUUAAGUUUUGUACCGGUAAUCAUUCAGUAUUAAAGAUACAGUUUGUGUCUUUUAGAGAAGACAAAUGUAUGCAUGUACAGGAAAUAAACUUCCAUCCAGAUAAA